AUGCCGACCUCCUGUCCCGUGGCGGACCAAACUGUCGCACUUUUCAAGAGGUCGCGCGGCAUCUCGGCUUGGUGCAAGAUGAACAGGAAUACCACUACGCGCUGUUGCGAGGCCGCCACUUUCAUGACUGGCCCGAGACUCCGUUCUUUCUUUGUGAUACUCUGCAACAUGGGAGCUCCCGCAGCCCUUCUGUGGGAUGCCUUCCGUGAUUCCAUCUGCGAGGACCACAUUGAACGUAACCCUCUCGAUGUUGAACUGGCCUACAAGCUAGGUCUCAUCGAGAUUGAUCGUAGUCUCCGUCGGCAGGGCUCUUGCGUCGCAGAUCACGGCCUCCCCAAUGUACAUGAUGACAUGACGGAGUUGGGCAGAGAACUGCUCUUACACAGCGAAAAUCAACAGAGAGCGUUUGUGGAGGAGUGGGUGCCAAAGCUCUCUGAAGACCAAAACCGUGUAUUUGAGUACGUUACCUCCGUUCUCAAUGCACCAGCCAGCGGAACGUCGUCGAAAAUCAUUUUUCUCGACGGUCCGGGUGGCUACAGAAAGACCAGCUCUGGGAUCGCCGCGAGUAACAUGCCUGGUGGGACUACAGCGCACAGCAUGUUCAGGUUGCCACUCGACUUCAGUGACAGCACCGGCUUUUGGAACAUCACCAACGGCUCCCAGCGAGCAGAGCUCAUCAGGGCCGCAAAGCUCAUUGUCUUUGAUGAGGCCCCUAUGGCACAUAGGUUCGUUUUUGAGGUUCUCGACAGAUCCCUGCGAGACCUCAUGCGUUCCAGUGAGCUAUUCGGUGGUAAAAUAUUCCUCUGUUGUGGUGACUUUCGCCAGAUCGCGCCUGUCGUUGUGAACGCUCGUACUCCAACUGACAUUGUUUGUGUCUCACUUCGGGCUUCCCAUCUGUGGCAGCAUUUCAAAAUGUUUGCCCUGACAACAGCUCAUCGGACUAGUAGUUCCACAUCCUAUUCCGAAUUCCUUCUUAGGGUAGGCAACGGAACUGUCAGUUCGACCACUUUCUUGGAGGGACGGAACGAACAAAGUCUAAUUCCGCUGCUCGGGAUUAGACAAGUGACGUCUUUGACUGAUUUGGUCGAUUCCGUCUUUCCCGCGAACGUCCUACUCGACUCUGAUCUGUGUUCGCGACGCGCAAUCCUCUCGACUCUGAUAGUGAACGUCAAGGAGAUCAACGACCACAUCUAG